AUGGGGCUCAGGGGUCUGGGGGUGUCAGUGACCCCAGGGGGGUCUCACAGCCCCCUCCCCACACCCCUUUCCCCCCCAGACGAGCCCACGCGCUCCCUGAGCGGGCUGAUCCUCAAGAACAACGUCAAGGCUCACUUCCAGAGCUUCCCCCCGCCCGUGGCCGAGUUCAUCAAGCAGGAGUGCCUGAACCACCUGGGCGACGCCUCCUCGCUCAUCCGGGCCACCAUCGGUAUCCUGAUCACCACCAUCGCCUCCAAGGGCGAGCUGCAGAUGUGGCCGGAGCUGCUGCCCCAGCUCUGCAACCUGCUCAACUCCGAGGACUACAACACCUGCGAGGGGGCUUUUGGGGCGCUGCAGAAAAUCUGCGAGGACUCCUCGGAGCUGCUGGACAGCGACGCCCUGAACCGGCCCCUCAACGUCAUGAUCCCCAAAUUCCUGCAGUUCUUCAAGCACUGCAGCCCCAAAAUCAGGUCCCACGCCAUCGCCUGUGUGAACCAGUUCAUCAUGGACCGGGCGCAGGCGCUGAUGGAGAACAUCGACACCUUCAUCGAGCACCUGUUCGCGCUGGCGGUGGACGAGGACCCCGAGGUGCGGAAGAACGUGUGCCGGGCGCUGGUGAUGCUGCUGGAGGUGCGCAUCGACCGCCUGAUCCCGCACAUGUACAGCAUCAUCCAGUACAUGCUGCAGCGGACGCAGGACAGCGACGAGAACGUGGCGCUGGAGGCCUGCGAGUUCUGGCUGACGCUGGCCGAGCAGCCCAUCUGCAAGGACGUGCUGACGGCGCACCUGGUGCAGUGAGUGACCC